GCAAGACAAGAGCAAAGGGCUCACAACACCUUGGCCCAAACAGAAACCGAUAUUUAGAAAUUGGCAUCACUGUAGUCACUCUCACCUUGUGACUACCUGAGGGCCGAUACAAAACCUCCUUCCUUGUGCAUGCACACACUUGGACACUCGAGUGUGUCUCCGCAUGUCUAGCAAAGAAGGAAACGGACACAAGCAGCACGCGCCUGGGUCACAUGCAAACAAUCAGCAAUAAGCACUCGGCUGGCUCUGCUUAGGUAGCGCUGGUAAAAAGGAGGUGGUAGUCGCUCCGGUCGGCAACGCGCUGAAAGCUGUAAAGAAUAAAGCAUGGACCCUCUGGAGGAAUACCGCUCUCCGUUUGACUUUGAACAAGGAGUCAACACCAGCUAUCUCUACCUCUCCCCAGCCUUAAGCGACACACCGCCCAGCUCGCCAGCUGUCAAAACCAGAGGUUCCCAGGGCCAUCCGGACUCGGUCCCAGAGGUGGGAGAGGAUGCAGUGACGUCUGUUGGCGCUGCGUCCUCAACAGUGCCCGCCUUGACGGAGGAAGAGCGUCAGGAGCUGCAGGAGGAGCUGGCUAAGGUCGAAGAUGAGAUCCAGACUCUGUCCCAGGUGCUGGCAUCCAAAGACAAGCAGCUGGCUGAAAUUAAGAGGAAGCUGGGCAUCACCCCUCUUAAUGAGCUGAAACAGAACAUCACCAAAACCUGGCAGGAGGUCACUGCCUCCACUGCCUAUAGGAGGACUUCUGAAACUCUGUCUCAGGCGAGUCUGAAGGCUACAGCAGCUUUCACAAAUAUGGGCUCAGCCAUCACCCGGAAGCUCGAGGAUGUCAGGUCACACUAUACGUCUGAUAAAGUUAGCGUAAAGUCAUUGCAGCACUCGGCUAGCAUGCCCGUCAUGAGAAACGCACCAACCUUCAAGUCGUUUGAGGAGAAAGUAGAGACUCUGAAGACCAAGAUGACUCCAUCACCAUCCACCAGUGAGACCGGCAUCCAGGACGACGGUGAUUCUCCAACCGCUGAGGCUUCGCUCAAUCAGCCAGACAACUCGCCCUCCCAGGAGGAGCCGAUGCACUGAGAGGGCCUAACCACUCUUGACCCCUCCCCAGCCCCUCCUCGCUCUCUCUGUCGACCCUCUAACCCCGCGGGCCAUCUACACUCUCCCCCUAAACGCUGCGUGCCAGUUUCCCUUUAUUGGAAACCAAUGACUCCCUCCCCCCCCACACUCCCAGCCUUCCUUGUGAUCUAAUUGUCGGAUCUUUUCUCAUGACACGUGCUCUCACUUGUUAACCACCGCGGAAAGUGAAAGCAUGGGAUGGGUGCAGGCAUGUGGUCUUUCGCUGUGUAUCUUCGAGUCUCUUCAGGCUCACUGUGGGAGAAAUCCUCCCUGCUGUGCCACUUUUCCUCUUCCCCUUCAUCUUCUCCCUCUCGCACUCCUCAUGCCUCUGCCUAACCUGCCAAACGUGCCCCAAUUUAAUAUUUUUUUCUGUAUAAACGUAAUAAUUUUGUGGGGUUUUUUUUUUUUUUUUUUGGAGAGUAGAAAAUUGCACAAAAAGUUUUCACUCGUUUAGUGAAGGAUUUACACAUUGGUAUGUGAACCAGGCAGUUGUAGGCUCCGAGCUUCUGCAUGGCCCUGUGUUAUGUGUUAGCUGUUGUUAUUAGAAGCACUCGUUUGCUCUGCUUCCAAUUUGGGGUCUUUUUAAGUUUACCUUGUUUUGGGGCUUUUUUUCUUUUCUUUAAUUUUUCUUACAGCACGAUUGCAAAGUAAUUUAACACUGCGUUCAAAGAACAAAAUGUAAAAAUGUAUGCCUUUCAGUGUCAUAUGGGUGUGACACCUGGUGCGAGUACUGUGGGUUAAAUUAGUCAGUUUUUCACAAGUGCAAACACCGACUCGAAAAUAGGAAUUUCAGAGCACAGGAUGGGGGUGAAACACACACACACACACACACAAAAAAUCCCCCCUUUCUUUGCCUUUGUGAUGAUGUUGUCAGAGAACGAUCGCCACGCUCAGAUAGUUACAGGAAAACUGCCAAGAUCAGCAGAACAGAGAUAGACCAAACACAGCGUCAAGGUUCAGCCUUGACCUGAGGUGAAGAGGAAAAAAAAGAGCCAGAGUCAAUAUUUAAACACUUCAUUGUUCCUGCGUGGGAGGUAACACCUAAACCUCCCCAUGCUGUGUGUGAUAAAACGCCUAGCAAGAGGAUACUUCACUGAUAUGAAAUAAUAUUGUAACAGAGAAGGUUUCCCUCCCCAUUUUGAAUAUGCGCACUAAGCUUAACAGGCUUUUUCUUGCUUUUUGGGGGGAAAGUUGCAUAAAUAAUUGAAAUUCUGAUUCUGGUGGUAGAGUUGUGGCAGACUGCACAGGUACAUACAGUAUUGGGUAAAAAAAAAAUGCUGCUUUCAGAGAUCAAUCACAGUUUCUGAGUGUUGAAGGUAAACUUAGUGGUGCAUCUUCAGUGAACACUGUUUUCAGCUCGCUAUUGAUCCUGCACAUCCUAGAAACUAUUAAACUACUGAACAAUGAACGAAUCGAGUUGCGUGCUACCUGCGGGUGCCGAUGGAGGCUCAAUGAACCUCGAAGGGCGAACAGAGCCAGUGUGGCGUCAGCCAGGGCUUCCUCUGAGACGCGAGUGUAACUAAACUACUGAUUUGUAACCCUUCCCCUCUUCUGGAUGCGCGACCAACCUUGUGCAAGUCUUCUCCUGCUGGUGGUCCAAUCGUGCGUGUGAUUCAGCUCGCCCUCCGCCGUUAACGUCGCCACGCAGACUAAGGGUCGGGAACACUGCUUUCCAGCCAUGAGCAAAUUUGUUGCAGCCUUUUAUCUGAGGCGCUUUUAUUUGGAGUCGUUUAUUCAACACACACACACUUUUGUUCAUGAAUGGAACCAUGGAGACAAGAAAUGCACUCUAAUUAAAAGACUUUUGAAGUAA